AUCGCCCCCGGAAGACCUUUUUUUUUUCUUUUUCAUUUUCUGCUUCUCGUGUUUCCGGAUUGGGGACAGUAGCUUUCAUACCUGUCUGUGUGCACAUGCCCAAAGGUUUUUCUAUUGGACAGCUUUAUCAAAAUGGAUCCAUUUAGAGCCCAGCAGCUGGCAGCAGAACUUGAAGUGGAAAUGAUGGCAGAUAUGUAUAACAGGAUGACAGGCGCUUGUCACAAAAAAUGUGUCCCACCUCACUACAAGGAAGCUGAGUUAUCUAAAGGCGAAAGUGUCUGCCUAGACCGUUGUGUUUCUAAAUACCUGGAUAUUCAUGAACGUAUGGGCAAAAAACUGACUGAAUUAUCUAUGCAAGACGAAGAGCUUAUGCGAAAGAUGCAACAAGGUGUUGGGCCUGCUCAGUGAUGUCACAUAAAGUGGGAUUGUGAACCAGAUUCUUUCAUGGAACAGACUUGCAUAAUGGUGCUUGACAGUGGUGUCUCAUGGCAGUAUUUCCUCUGGUGAUGCAGCUUGCUGGUGCAAGACCUGCUUAAAUCUAGGCAUGUAGAACAAGAACCUACAAGCAGCUUGUGCACCUGUUUUUGACAUUGUCUUUCUGUGUGAAUAUAUACAUCUAUAUAUCAGUUUUAUAUAUUUUGUGGUUUAUUUAAACAUGUUUUAGUAAAAUAUGAAUGGACUGAAACCAUGUUAUAAUAAUAGAAUAAAACAUCUUAUUCAAAUCUCAGA